GAACCCGAAGAAUCCGAUGACCACUUCUCUGAUGCCUCCGAAGGCACCCCCUCAUACCCUCCUGCUUUCACUGGUCGCAACCGUGCCCUGUCAAUUCCAGUCACCCGCGUCGAGAAAGUAGACGAUGAGCCCAGACAUGGCGAGGUUCCCGGCACCGCAGCCUACAACAUCAGAACCCAAGACGCCGUACCCGAUGAGAUCGAGAUUGUCCCCGACGGCACCAGAAGCCGCAGCACCUCGCAUGUCAGCGAAUCAGACAGACCAGUGACCCCUGGUGGCACUCCCGUCCCUCAUCUUGUCGUCGAAAAGGUUGACCCUAGCGCCCCUAGCCAUGGCGAUGUCCCUGGCACAGACGCCUACGACAUGCGAACUGCCGAUGCUCAGCCUGAUGAGGUCAAGCAGGCACCCGCCUCAUCAAGCGCCCCUCUUGAGCGUAAGUACACCAUCCCCACGAGUUCACGCGACCUCCUCCCCAAACCAAGCCUUCAUGUUUGA